AUGAAAGAUUUUAUUGCGGUUAUAGCCCCAUACAAGGCCAACUGUAUAUUUAGACGAGAGCAAGUAGAAACAGGAGAAGUAUUGAAGUCUGAAUGCAAUAAAAAAGAGCUGAUAGUUGUUGCCACUGAGGAAAGUGACAUUGCAUGUAAUUAUGCACUGGCCAGCACAGAAGCGGGAAGUAACCAGACAGUAGAGAUUAAUGGAAACCACUUAGGAAUAGCAUCAAUAAAAUACUUCAAAGCAAAAACGCUUUUCAAGAAGGACGAACAAGAAUUAGCUGCGUCUGAGCGAGUUCGUAAUUCGCACGAGCUGUCUCUGCUGUUUGGAAGUGCUGCAUUCUCCAGAACGUUUAAAAAGAGAAAACAGCUAAAUGAAAUAUCAGAAAGUGUAGAUAGCAAAGGAGAGAUGCUUAUUAACACCCAGCUUUCAUCGGGCUGCGUCGAAAACAAUGAAAAUAUACCAGGAGGCACAGGCGGGAAAGAAAAAAAUAACAAGCAUUCAUUAAUACAGCCAGUGUUCCCAGAGAAAAACAUGGAUGCAUCAUACCCGAAUGAUUUGUAUACGCUAGAGUCUAUAUUUGGGUUUGAUCCUGUGGUGGAGUUAAAAAGAAACGCAGAUCAGAUAAAAAACAACCAAAUUAACUUAGGAGUAGUCACUGCAGAGGUUUUGGGCACUAACCACGUUUUAUAUAACACAGACGAAAAAACAGCAGCGUGGGCACUCUUAUUUGACUGUAUAUGCAAAAUAAUUGCUAGUGUAAGAAAAAAGAAGCUGAGUUACAUAUAUGAGACAGAAGAUCCAAUACAAGUCGUAAUGAUAAAGAAGCUAGUCAAGAACUUUAUAGGAAACAUACCCGUGGGAAUAUUAAUACAAAUAGACAAAAAAACCAAAGAUAGGCUUUUAAUUAGGCUUAUUAUUCUUAUUCUUCUAAAAGACAACUGUAUUAUAGAUGUGCAGAAGUACCGGCAGUGUUUCUUUGGGUGUAGUUUAGACGUUUUGAGGCAGAUAUUCAAAGAAAUCAACUGCAAAAACGCAAAGAAAAUUCGCAUGAAGGUUGAAGAAAAUCAAAACCCCAACUUGGUAUUUGUUCUAACUUUAGAUGACCUGUCAAAAUAAAUCUAAUGGCUCUGCACACAGAAACAAAACAAAAAAUGAAUUUAAUAUGCAACAUUUCGUUAUACUUAACCAAAG